AUGGACGGGUCUGCAGUGCUUUAUUCUCCCGAAUACUUUCUAGUUGAACUUGGACUAGAGACGAGGGGCGACCUGUACGCUCUACGUUCAUUUUGUGAAAGAAAAGAAAAGCAGACAAAAAGCAAAGAUGCUGAAGAACGAAAGCAGUCCUUAAUUGACAAAAUAAGGUGCAAGAAAGUAAAGCACUCAAGUGGCCCUGAGUCGCAGAAGAAAAAUACGCCCUCUAGCUCCUAUGGUAAACCGCGAAAAUUUGAGUUAGGCUGGCAGCAUUUCUCAGAAGUCCAGAAAAGGUUUGUUGCUGUUCGACAGUCCAGAGGAGGGGGGACAAGGUCUGUAUCGAUGUCAGGCAACAGUACCAUUUCCGACAUUCUAGAGGAAGCUCGGAACCUGUUUUUCCCUCAAGGAAAAUCAGUAUAUGGAAAUUGGAUGGACAUGGAUUGCGAGUUAGCAAACUUUAAGGGUGAAGUGAAAACAAGCAUAACCUCCCAUGAAAGUAAUGUAAUGGACUUCUCUCUUCAACCAUACUUCGCACUCCACAAGCUCACUCGUGUCCGCCUGUAUCUGAGGACGCGGCAAAGAGGAACAUCAUCCAUCUCAGUUGAGGAGGGGGAACCGGAAGCCGAGUCGGAGACUCUUGGAGUGCUUAAAGGAAGCUCGCGUGAAAGGGCCAAACUGAGAGAGGAACAAGACGGAGAGUAUGCGGAAAGCCUGCGCGCGGACCGCGCGAAAACGGAGCGUAGGGAACAAGCCCUUAAGGAAGAAUUAAAUAAAGCAAGAAAGGUCGAAGAAAUUCACGCCGCUCGCUUGUCAAGAGUGUUAGACGAACCAACGGUAGAUGAACCGCGUGUGGUUGUUCGUGUCCGCCACAUCGACUUGGGCUUGGUCAAUCGUGCGUUCAAACCCAACCAGAAGAUGGCGGCAGUGUACGAUUGGAUUGGCUCGCUGCAGCUUAUUCCGCUGUACUUCUCGUUAUCCAGCACACCAGGCAAUGUGAUAGACCCGUCUGUGUCUAUAGACUGCUCAGCUGACAAAGUGUUGUUUAUGGAGCAGAGGGAUGAUCCAAUACCAUUGUCAGCAGAUGACGAUGAAGUUUCCUUUAAAGGGUUUGGCGAAAUUGGAGAGAUUGGAAUGACUCCACCAAGUCGUAUUAUGGCAUGGGAUAUUGAUACCGAUGAAGAAGGAUGUUCAGCGUAAGUCCGUAGUUGGGGAUAUUGUAAAAUAAACUCCAUCAAGUUAAGGAUAUGAUAGAGCAUGCUAGAACAUUAACCAUUUUAUUCACCAACCAAAUACAAUUCAAAAACUGCGGACUUUGGGAACAAGAUUGACUUCAGUGUAGGUCACAAUGAUUCAUGCACCUUUGUAAGUAAAGUGAAAAAGGUUGGCAAAUUUACAUGCUGAUGGGUAUAUACUGACUUUUAAGCAGUGUAAGAAAACCCUUUAAUUUGUCUCACUUACCAAUAUCUCAAAGUUUACCAUUCAUGUUAUAAUAAUAAUAAUAAUAAUAAUAAUAAUAAUAAUAAUAAUAAUAAUAAUAAUAAAUAAUAUCACUCCCAUUUGGUGACUGCGAACCUUUCCAUUUACCUAAAUUUGCAGCAGUGACAUUUUGCCGUGGUAUUUUUGUGACCAAGAUGACGACAAAAAGGUCAGUGCAGUUUACAUUGCCGUUAUAUUUCAGUGUUGAAGCUUCUUUAUCGGUUUACACCUCUACUCCUGCAUGUUCAGUCAAUCAAAAUUUAUUGAAAGUCUGUUAAUUAAGAACACUCUAUGGUAGUUUAGAGGCAAGAGUUUUUGUUAAAUUAGCUUGUACUACUAUGCUGUCACACGACAGUUCUUGGUGGGAUGACGCUUAGGAUACUUAUGCAUGCAAUCUACCCAAUUUGCAGGAGCAGAGCGCUACUUGCACAAGGAAAAGCAGAAAGAGGACAAUGGAAGACCGAGCGCGAAAUUUUCGUCAGUACUACCUCCCAAAGUAUUUGGAAGAAAAGGUCAGGGGAACUUAACUUUUGACUUUCUUUAUUCUUUGCGGCUAUUUACAACAUUUACAUCCUAGCUAUAUGACGUUGACAGAAAAUCUAGUACAAUAAAAUUGGGCCAGGGAACAACUGAAAAAUGUACGUGCGCAGUAUGAUAAAAUAAGAGAGGAGUGUCCUUCACAGAAACCGGUUUCAACUAGAAAAAUUAAACAAGUAGUUUCACUUUGCUUUUGACCUUUGCAAGUCUUUUUACUUAACACAAAACGCUUCAUGUAUAUAUAUAUAUAUAUAUUUGCUAUAUUCUCGCCGUGGGGUAAUCUUCUAUGCGACGUGAUUUGAUGUUUUGGGAAUAUAAACUCCGCCCACUUCAUACAACUGUUGUACACGCAGGAACGCAAGGAAGCCUUAUCGGUUUAAGAAAAUGACAUAUUACUUUUUUCUUUUUAGACCGACAUUGGAGAUCCAGGUGAUGAGGAGUUGGCGGAGAGCAACAAUGAACCCCUUACCUGCAUGGGAAUUACCAACAAUCAGGGCUCCUCUGAUAACGUGGUGAUCAUUGAAGAUGACUCCUCUAGGCCGGCGGUUGCGAACGUUAUACCCCCCAGUAAUGAUUCAAGUGUGGAAACGGAAGUAAGCCACAGCUUAGAAUCACAGCAAACAAAUCGCAGGUAAGGUCCUACCUUGGGCUUGAUUGUAAAUUGAUUUAAUUAAUCACAGGCUUCUGUGAGCCAACUAAUUCAUGCUGUAAGCGUAUUAUUAAUAGCCUGUACAACAGGCGUUAUUGGGCCGGGGCGCUCAGGUGGAAUUUCCAGCGCGCGCGCGAUGCGUGAGACAUGCGAGGAGAGGGGAAGUAAGUAGUUAUGGUUAUUGUUUUUCUUUUCCCUUCCCUCGCGUGUCUCGCGCUUUACGCGCUGCCCCAAAACCCACCUGAGUGCUGCCUGUUGUGCAGGCUAUAUUAUUUAGAGUUGAACAGUAGCGGUUACUGCUAGUUAUCUGACAUCUUAGUACAACCGAGCCAUUGACAGCAUACAACCUUAUCACAAUGUCAUAAAUUAGGUUACGGUAAUGAAAUAACCCUGAAUGUCUCUCUUUUUGUUUUGGUUUCAUUGCAGGGUUGUAAAGAUAAGAAGAGUUCAAGUUAUGGCGGAUAUGAUUAGCCUCUUUAAAGAUGAAAUUGUAAUGGAUACCCCACUCAACGUGGUCAUGAUUAAUGCUUUUGGGAAAGAAGAGGACGGCGUGGAUAACAAUAGUGUUUUCCUUGACGCUCUUUCCUCAUUUUGGGCCGCCUUCUAUGAAUCUUGUACAAAUGGGGAAGAGGAGAGAGCUCCCGUCAUAAGACACGACUUCCAAGUUUCAGAGUGGGAGUCAAUAGGAAGAAUAAUUGUCAAAGGUUACAAGCAAGUGAAAUUUUUCCCUGUCAGAUUAAACAGAGCCUUUAUGACAGCCAGUCUCUUCGGUGAAAGCGCCAUAACCAAUGAACUAUUGAUAGACUCAUUCCUGGCCUAUCUCAGUAAAGAUGAAAGAGAAUUGAUCAAGCUCGCUCUGAAUAAGGGAUUGGAUAAGGAACACGAGGAGGAAUGGCUGGAACUGUUGGAUCGGUUUGGGUGCAAGACCAUUCCCAAUGCGGAGCAAGUCGGAGAUAUCGUCUUGGAGAUAGCCCAUAAGGAGUUGGUCCAAACGCCAAGAUACAUCAUCGACAGCUGGAGUACACCGUUACUUGUGCUUCAGCAAGAAUUUCAGUCACCAGAUCUGCUUCAGCAGUUCUUUGAAAGAGGGAAACCGACCACUAAGAAGGUGAUAGCACUUUUAGAUGCAAAUGCUGAAACCAAUGCUCAAAGGGAGACCAUGUCCUACCUGAAGCAAUAUGUACGUGGACUGGAGAGUGAGAAAUUAACGAAGUUCCUCCGAUUUUGCACCGGUUCCAAUAUGAUGUGCGUGGAGAAGAUCACCAUCUCAUUCAACACUUUGGAGGGUGCUGUUAGACGACCUGUGGCACACACUUGCGGAGCAGUGCUGGAUCUCCCUACU